AUGAACUCUAUUUUAGACAGAAAUGUUAGAUCUAGUGAAACUACUUUAAUUAAACCUGAAUCUGAGUUUGAUAAUUGGUUGUCGGAUGAAAAUGACGGAACUAGUCAUAUCAACGCCAACAAAGACUCAUCUUCAGUCCUUUCUGCAUCUUCCUCCACAUGGUUCGAACCAUUGGAAAACAUUAUUUCCUCUGCAUCUAGCUCUUCGAUAGGCUCUCCCAUCGAAGACCAAUUUAUUUCUUCCAACAACGAGGAAUCUGCUCUUUUCCCAACGGAUCAAUUUUUCAGUAAUCCUUCUUCAUACUCGCAUUCUCCAGAGGUUAGCAAUUCGAUAAAAAGAGAAGAGGACGACAAUGCCCUUUCUUUGGCUGAUUUCGAAGCAACUUCGUUGCAAUUGAUGCCCAACAUGAUAAAUACUGAUAAUAAUGAUGAUAAUACCCAACUUAAGAACGAAAUCGAGCUAAACGACUCAUUUAUAAAAACAGGUCUGGACGCCAAGGAGACGAAAAAGAGGGCUCCAAGAAAAAGACUAACACCCUUCCAAAAGCAAGCUCACAAUAAGAUCGAAAAACGUUACAGAAUAAACAUCAACACAAAGAUUGCAAGACUACAGCAGAUUAUCCCAUGGGUGGCAAGUGAACAAACAGCUUUUGAAGUGGGUGAUUCUGUAAAAAAGCAGGAUGAAGACGGCACGGAAACUGCCGCUGCUACUCCCCUACCAUCUGGCACAGCUACAAGCACGAAGCUUAAUAAAAGCAUGAUCCUGGAAAAAGCUGUUGACUAUAUUCUAUAUCUACAAAACAAUGAACGACUAUACGAAAUGGAAGUUCAAAGAUUGAAAAGUGAAAUCGACACUUUGAAACAAGACCAAAAAUAA